UGUCAAACAUUUUACUGCAACAUUGGCAAAAUGUCUGUGUGAGGGAAGAGAAGUGAAGUGUCAGCCACUGAAACUAAACUAAACUGAAUGGAGAAGGCGAUGUAUAAGAAGCCCGUGGCCUCACAACACAGAAUGGAAAGUUAACUCAUUUUAAUUAAACAACAGGAAGAGUUAGCUUGUUUAGUUUUGCUCAUGGUAUUAGCUGUCUGUGUGAGAGUUAGCUAGCAGUGGUGGCGUCCAGCUCACCAACACAAUGGCCAACACAUGAUGGAUGCGCCAUGAAGAAAGGAGAGUGGACCUCGACGUGAAAUAACAUCUUCUCCAUUGAUGCUCUUUACUAUGUGUCAAGGCCAACAUGUUGGUGGAAGCAUCUCAGAGAACUGUCACUAUCACCACCAGCUACAAAGGCGUCCGGUCAGAGUCAUUCAAGAAGUGCCAGUGAUGAUGGUGGAAUCAGCCUCUGAGACCAUUCGAACGACGCCGUCCAACCAGAACGGAGUCAGCAGCCUCAGCAGCCAAUCCGAUGGAGGGGGAGGUAGAGAGGGCGGCUCGAACGGUGACACCAACGGAGAGAUCAGCCCAGUCGACUUACUGCACCUGCAACAGCAACAGGCGCUCCAGGCAGCCAGACAGUUCCUCCUCCAGCAGGCCUCUGGACUCAACUCCCCUGGCAGCAACGAGGUCAAACAGAGCCCUGUGCAGGUGCCCGUGUCCAUGGCUAUGAUGAGCCCACAGAUGAUCACUCCUCAGCAGAUGCAACAGAUCCUGUCCCCCCCUCAGCUCCAGGCCCUGCUGCAGCAACAGCAGGCUCUAAUGCUACAGCAGUUACAGGAGUACUAUAAGAAGCAGCAGGAGCAAUUGCAUCUCCAGCUUCUGACUCAGCAGCAGCAGCAGCAGCAACAGCAGCAGCAGCAACAGCAGCAGGCUGGGAAGCAAGCGGCAAAAGAGCAGUUAGGCAGUAAGCAGUUGGCCUUCCAGCAGCAGCUGAUCCAGAUGCAGCAGCUUCAGCAGCAGCACAUCCUCAACCUCCAGAGACAAGGCCUGGUCCCAAUGCAGCCCACCGCCACCAUGCAGUCUCUGCAGCAAGCGAUGUGUCCGUCAGACCUCCAACAGCUGUGGAAGGAGGUGUCAGGGGUGCAGAGCAGUGAGGAGGCCCUGAAACAGGCCGAGGGCCUGGACUUGAGCACCAACAGCUCCAAUUCUACCUCAGCCUUCCCCAAAGCUGCCAGCGCUCACAUCUCACUGCACAGCCUGGCCAACGGACAGAGCCACACCCCAAAGAGAGACAGAGCCAGACUGUUUGAGUGGAUAUCCUCCUUCACCAAGGCAGACAGCGGAGAUGACCAUGUCUCCCUUUACCCCAAAGGCAGCCAACCCCCCAGCAGCCAUCACGAGGAGCAUGCCGGCUCCCAUCCACUCUAUGGCCACGGAGAGUGUAAGUGGCCUGGCUGUGAAGCACUGUGUGAGGACAUGGGCCAGUUCAUCAAGCACUUGAACAAUGAGCACGCCCUAGAUGACCGCAGCACCGCUCAGUGCCGAGUCCAGAUGCAGGUGGUUCAGCAGCUGGAGAUACAGCUGGCGAAAGAGAGCGAGCGACUCCAGGCCAUGAUGGCCCACCUGCACAUGCGCCCCUCGGAGCCAAAGCCUUUUAACCAACCUCUGAACCUGGCAUCCAGCGGCUCUCUGUUGAAGCGGGACAGCGACGCCUACCCAGAGGGUCUUCCUCAUCCCCCCACCUCAGCCGCCGCCCCCAUCACCCCACUGCGCCAGGGACCCUCGGUCAUCAGUUCCUCCAGCCUGCACUCACACUCCCACUCCCACACGCACGGCGUUGGGCCCAUACGUAGGCGUAACUCCGACAAGUACUGCACCCCAAUCGCCUCAGAGCUGGCUCAGAACUGUGAGUUCUACAAGAACGCUGAUGUCAGGCCUCCCUUUACCUACGCCUCUCUUAUACGUCAUGCCAUUCUGGAGUCCCCAGACAGACAGUUGACUCUCAAUGAGAUCUACAACUGGUUUACACGAAAGUUUGCCUAUUUCAGGAGAAACACAGCCACAUGGAAGAAUGCUGUGCGCCACAACCUGAGUCUGCACAAGUGUUUUGUGCGCGUUGAGAACGUGAAGGGGGCCGUGUGGACUGUGGAUGAAGUUGAAUACCAAAAGAGGAGACCACCAAAGAUGACCGGAAGUCCCACUCUGGUGAAAAACAUGAUUUCAGGCCUGGGCUUUGGAUCCCUAAACGCAAGCUACCAGGCGGCUCUGGCAGAGAGCAGUCUGUCCCUGCUGAACAGCCCUUCCCUGCUGACCCCCUCUGCGGCCAGCCUCAACAUGCUGCACGUGGGCCACGAUGAUGUCAGCUCCACUGUGGAGCAGGUCAACAGCAACGGGAGCUGCAGCCCCACGCUCAGCCCUCAACAGUACAGCCACCAGGUGCAUGUGAAGGAGGAGCCCACUGAGUUGGAGGAGGACAGUCGGCCAGUGUCCCUCCUGGCCGGCGUCACACACAGCCUGCCAUUGCCGAGCGACGAGCGCGACCUGGAGGAGGACCUCCCCACGGAGGAGCUGGAGUAGGAUGGAAUCCGAGUCGGACAGGCGGGACGAGAUCAAUCCCCCGUCAGCGUGAAGAGGAAAAAAGAUAGCUACAGUACACUUAACAGAAAAGAGAGAGAGAAAAAAAAGAGAAUGUUUUUUUUUUUUUUUAAUUCGUUUAUAAGAAAAUGCAAGCAACCAAGGACGACGCUGAGAAACUCCAAACAGGGUUAGAAGACCUCCGUUUCUUUCAGACGCAAAAACAAGACUGUGGAGCACUGCUUUACGUCCAUGUGUUUCUUUUUUCCCGACACUUGGCUCAGAGGUGUAACACCACUCGAUGCAUACACUCUCUCACAGACACACUCAAACACACACAUACUCAUUCACUUGUCAAACCAUGUGUCGUCAUCCUCCCCGGUCAAAUCAGCCUCUGCGUAGAGACCCCGAGAGGUUUGGGCACACUCUCCUCCUGGCCACUCUGCAUACACCCUCCUCACUGUUGUCUCGGGCUGCCUGGCUAGCCGUUCUUUUUUCUUUUUUUUUCUAUCUCCGCGUCAGAUGAGAAGACACACACACACACACACAGGAUCAUGUGUAUAUAGAUUCGGAGCAGUCACCAGGGGCUGUGCAGUAUACCUCUCCUUCCUCCCCCCUCUUUGAGUCAAAUCACUUGCUUUUUCACUUUCUUUGAUUUGAUUGAAACGAAACUGUCGGGCUUUCGAAAUGGGAAGGAAGGAAGAUCAAAGAUUACCUCCAACAGUGCUACAACACUUGCGCCGAGCAGGCUCCUGUGUGAGCCCACGGCGAGGCUGACCUGACGGAGGCGGCACGGCCCUGGUCCCUGUCCAAACUUCUGCCCCUUCCCCCCUCGCAGUGAGACUCUUAGUGACGGACAUCUUUUAAACUCUUUGCUUCUAAGUGAGAAAAAAAAAGAAGACAUUUUCCUCCACCACUUCCACCCCCUUCCCUCCCAACCCGAAAGAGACUGCAGGAAUUGGACCACGUGGUGCUGUCCUUCUUGGAACACUUUGAGAACGAGAUGAAACGAGGGGGAGGCAGAUGAGAGAAACGAGGGAGGAAGCAUCUAAAGAAAUAUUGUGACUAAAAAAGAAAAACUGUUGAUGAUUAUGGAAUAUAACGAGAAAAAAAAAAAACGUGUGGUAGCUUUUGUCAUUUCCUUUUUUUAUUUGAUGUUAUUAUCAAUGUUUAUUUUCGAGGAUCAAUAUUUCCACGGUGGCGUUCUGUUUUCGACGUACCUUUUCUAAGGAUGCUGUCUCUUUGUUGUUUUUUUUUUGUUGUUUUUUUUUCUUCGUUUUUUGAUAUUGUGAUUUGUUUGAUUUACUCUGGCUGUUCACACCAUUCCAAAUGAGUAUUGGCAAAAAAAAAAAAAAAAAAAAAGAGAAAGCGCAGUAUUGUCCCAACUUGUGACACCUGACCCCCACUCCUGCCCCUCUCCCCCCUUUCUGCCCCAAGUGUAGCAGGCAAGAAAUUUGGAAAAUAGCACUUAAAGUUGCCAUUAUCCAGACAGAUUAUUUAACAGCUGAAUCUUGUUUUUUUUCUUUUAUUUCCUCUCACUCACUUGUUUUGGUUGUGUAUUUAGUUGAGAAAUAUCAGUAAUGCUUUAAAAAAAUAUAUAUAUUAUUACUGCAGUCAGAGAAUACCUCACCCCACGAAGUUUCUGCCUGGAACUGUGUCCAAAUUGAUAAACAAAAAAAGGGGGAAUUCUUUCCGUGGGACACCAAAUGUGGCAACUCUGCUCAGCUUCGAUUCAAAGCUCUAUGGUUGUAAUAGUUACUGUGUAGAAGCUAUCUGCAAUUCACUGUGUGAGUUUGUGUUAAAGGAAUAGCACGUGAGAUUUAUUUUGUUUGUUUGUUUUCCGUGAGCAUAAAAAGCAUUACUUUUCUCUACAGUGCCAUACCAAAUUUAACAUUUAUUUUAAUCUAUUAUCUGCUUAUUCCCAUUUUAUUUUUGUUACAGGUAACCAAAGAUGAAAUAUGUAGAAAACCAAAAACCCUGUAGUUUAUUUUGCCCUUUUUGAGUUUCUUUUUCUUUUUGUUCUUCUUCUUUAAGAAUUGGCCAAAAGACAACAAACCAGGAGUUUGAAUUCUUUUUAUUGUAUUCAUAUAACUAUUGUGUUUGAAAUUAUACAUGACUUACAGUGCUGAACCAUUCCAAAAACCAAAGUGUGUAAAGCAAAACUAGAAAUUUGGAGAUAUCAAAGCUUUUACAUGAUAAGCGGUUACGGAUGACUCACAUUAGGUAUGAGGCCAAAAAAGUAGUAUUAACAAACCUCGCACAGUUCCUCUGAAAAAGACACAAAGAAAGAGAAAAGAGAGAGAAAAAAAGCACUUAGAGGUGAAACCCUGUCUCUCCCAUGCUCAGGCUAAACUGUGUUCCAAACACAUCCCAAGGACUGGCCCGAAAAUGAGGCUCUCGUGAGGCAUUCAAACACAACAUUUAGGUACCUUCCACAACCUGAGAUGCCAACAAAAAGAGAGGUUAAACACAGAAUGAGAAUAUUUUGGCUCCGUCAAAUCAACCUGGCUUUACAUGACACUUCUCCUGGUGCUGAUGAAAUGAACAUUUGGAGUUUUUCAAGAUAGGAAGACAAGAUAACAAACAUUCCCUCUCAAAGAGGAAGCGUACUGUAAUGUGGUUACAAAAAAAAUCACAUCUUUGGACAGGGAGGAGUUAUUCCAAAAACAUAUAGAGGGAACGACUAAAACAAUACCAAUGUAAGAGGAGAAACAACCAAGGGACAUCAUGUAACUUAAAAGUUGGGUUCAUAUUUUCAUACUUUUUCUCUCUUGCACUUCAGACGAUUUUUCUUAUUUAAUGAAAGAACCUUUCUGAUGACUUUGUGUUCAAACAGGACUGUUUCCUGUCACAUUAGGGACUGAUUUCUAACAAAGUACAAAGUGGCAGACAGGCAUCUUGAAACGAGAUAAAAAAUAAAAAAACCAAAAAUAACACUACCUCCUUUUCAAAAACAGUUCAACACAUGGCCAAUGGGAGACUGAACUCUCUUAAAGAUUUUUUUUUUCCUCCAUUCUUCCUGGAUGAUAAUGAUGAUGAAUGCCAAAAUCGUUGUUACACUUACUUACUUACUUACUUACUUACUUACUUACUGUAUGACUUAAACGAAAAAAGAAAAAAAAAACUAUUUGGCGAUCUGGACUCCCUAACGCAUCCGCUUGAGCCCAAAAACGUAGACCUUUUUCACUUUCCAUGGAAUUAAAAAUGACUACCUCUCCUUAAAUCACAUCUGAAGCACUCUCUACGUCUCAAAGUGUGUUGUGAAGUGCUCACUAUAGAUGAAAAGUUUUCUAUCAGCUGUGUCAAACUGACUGUACGCCCGCACCCGGUUAGCACUGAGCUAUGUGAACAGCCCUCUCAACUGUAUGUGAGCAUGUUCAUGAUCUCAGCCAAUGGGAAACUGGUCGUUAAUGGCUGUGUGGCGUUCGCAGGGAGCUGGUUGUCAGGCGUAGCGAUGGGCGGAAUAUAUCAGUGCCGCCACACACACACACACACACAUACAUACAAACACACACACACACACACACACACACACACACACACACACGCAGGGGUAUAACAGAAGCUUAGAAGCAGGGCUAUGGGUUAGUGCAACGGAGGCUCUGACCAUCCAGAUAAUCCAAAGACCCACAAAUAUGGCGGCACCCGCUUCACCAAAACACUCGCAGAGACGCCGAGAGGACGAACAAACACACGUUAAAAAAAAACAAAACAAAAAAACAAAAAAAAACACAUCACUACUACUAGUAAUAUCCAAACCAAGAGGAACUGCUGCAUACAGUACAUAGAUGAUCUCUGACUCGUGCUUUAAGGUACACCUGUAAACAAAGCUGUUUUAUAAAGAUGUAGAUUGUUCACAGGUCGCCAUGUAACACUUCUGUUCUUUCUCCAGCUUGGCAUAACAUGAUGUAUUCUUGUAUAUUAAUGCUUGACUUAUCUCUCCAGGGCAUUCUUUCCCAUUUUGUCCUUUGAGUUUCUCUUCCUUUUUUUGGGUCUUUCUUUUUCUGCACCUGUUUAGCUAUUGUAAAGCUUUCAGCUCUGAUUCCUAUACUGUACUGCUAAUGCUGAAGUAUAUGUAUUUAUCAUAUUAAGUGCUGCAGGUAUCUUGGUUUCAUUAGUUGUUGUUUUUUUGUUUUUGUUUUUUGUUUUUUUUUCAUUUCGUUCGUUUCCACUUUUUCAGUUCUUCAUAAAACGUCUGGGACGCUGAUUUUUUAAGUGUAUUAUCUCUCAAGAAAAAAAAAUUAAAAGAAUAAAAGUUAGAUCAGUGGUUUAGGUAACACCUGUUUGUAUAUUUAUCUUAGCUAGGUCUAUUUUGAUACUUUUUUGUCUCUGUACUGCAUUUAUGCAUUUUUAAGGAAAGAAAAAAACAAACAAAUGGAAAACAAACUAAAAAAGUUUCUUCAUUAUGUAUUGAUACCUCAGAAGGACUUUUUCUCAAAGACAGGACCAAAACCUCCGAAAAAGAAAAAGAGAAAGAGGAAAAAAUGUAAGAAUAUGUAGCCCCUCUCUUGCUUUAAAAAAAAAAAAAAAAAUGCGGAGCUCUAGAAAGGUAUUGCUGUUGGUCCUCUCAGGUGCCAAUAUGUGUCCCAGCUCCCUGUGACCCCUCUCUCUGACCCCUGACCCUUAUCAUUCCUGUGCUAAAUUCCGACCCGCAGAGCUGUCGAUCACCUGCAGGCGCCGUGGGGGUGUCACUGCGCCACACACCUGGCUGGUGGUGACCAGUAACAAACCUCAUCUCCCAGUCCUACGGAGGCAGAUCAAAGACUGACGCUGUUGCAUUUUUGAUGCUCCUCUCCUGACGUAGUCUCGGCACCAGAGCGUGGAAUGGCUCUCAGAGAUGCAGCUCAUCCUCUGACUACCAAAGGCAUUGCAAGCGACCAUUUGCUUAGUCCAAACUCCUGAACUGUAACCAAACUGUAACCAAACCAAUGCCGCAACCUUAACCAAACAAAAACCAAGCUACUUCCAAAACUCUCCAUCGACUUCACUGAUCACCUUUACUGAUAGCUGUAAUCUCUCGUACGAUCCACGUAAUGGUGUUACAGGACACAGGGAGCCCAAAUCCUGAUGUGUGAUUGGACAGUUCUGAGGCGUCGCGUGAGGGGGAAGGGACUCUCAAAGUGGAGCUUUGCCUGACGGUAUUAUUAAGUAGACAGCCAGAAUCCGAUGGAACUACCACUUCAGCUCUCCUCUGGUUAAACCUUAGGAAUGUGUGUACAUUUUCAGCAGUGACUCUCUGAAUUGUUUCUUUAGUUUCAGUUUACCUGUUUACCUCUUUAUCCUUUUGGUUUUUUUUGUUCUGUUUCUUGUUAUUUGAAAAGUGUGACCCGAGGAAGAGGCGGGGACAGGGACUGGGUGGUGGCUUUAGACAGAACAGUGGAGCCCAGCCCUCUGACCCUCCACCCCGGGUAGCCAUGUAAUGCCAGUCACUGCCCUUUCCUUCAUGCUGUAUAAAAAACACACACAUAUAUCUGUGUAUUUGUAACCUGAAUCUUCUUGUGUCUGUCCAUGCAGACAAUAAAAAAAACUGUACAGUAGGUCUAGUUGCAUGUAAUCUGUACUAAUUAUUGACAAUGGCAUUAUAAAAUGCAAUAAAAUACUUAUUACACUGUCA